AUGCGCUUUCAAGCUCUCCCCGUUCUCGCCACCGUACUUGCAAUUCCUAGCCUUGUCUUCGGUGCACCGAACUGUUACGAGUCAGGGUUCGAUAUAUGGAAGACCGAAGGGGCAAGAAGUGCAGCCGCGCACGGAAUCGACAAAUACUGCAAUAAUCUUGCCCCUUCCACAUGGACCCCGAGGACAGAGAGGCAGCAGUGUCUUGAGGUCGAUGCGAGUCCGAAGAACGUCAAUUUAUGGAUAAUGAAUGACGCUUCACAUGAUCUGAACCUUUCGAUUGACCGGUGCAAGAAGAUAUUCAAGAAAAUCGUGGAUAGUUGCAGCCGUGGCGGUCAUGAUGAGACUAAUGAUGGGUGGUGGGCAGUGGCGUACCCUGAUGAUACGUGCCUCCGGUAA